CACAUUUAUUUAUAUUUUGGCGAUCGACCUUUAUAAACCGUGCCAACUUCAUGAAGAUCUGAUGGACACUUUGGCUUUGCAAUCUAGGAAUCAAUGUGUUUCAGGAUGAAUCUCAAAGGUGUUUUCCCGGUUCCCUCUCAUUUCCUUGCCAAUUCACCUUCUAAGCUCCCUUCUUCUUCCGUAAGAGGGAAGGAGGCUUCUUUUAACUCAGCUAGACUGUCUUCUCCCUCUGUAACAUCUGAUGAAGGUGUGAUUUUAUCGAAAGGUCCUCCAAAAGCAUGCGCUUCAUCCGUAGCUCUGCAAACAAUAGAAAAUGGUUGCUUGGAAGUUGAAGAGAUAAAGAUUGACAAGGGAUCACGGUCACAGAGUUGUUCGCAUGUUAUGAUCGGUGAAUCUAAUGAACCAAUCGGAGGGAACAAAUCUUCCUUGUGCACGGGCCUGCAAAUAUGCAAUACAUCACAUUAUGGUGUGCUAAUGGAAAAUCUCAACGUUUUAGAGGAGAUGCUUGUUGAUUCAGAUAUGUUGAGAUUGGAGAGGGAAAUUCUACUUCAACUAGGAAGGCUUGGAGCUCUAAAUUUAUUUAAUAACUAUUUGUCUAGGACUCAUAGACCUCUGAACAUGUUCGACCUAUCUGAUGUUGCUUCUGUUUGUGGAGUGUGUGAUAUGAACGGCUUGGUGGACAGUGAAAAGGAUAAAAGAAUUGUUUGUUCUAUAAAAAAGAAACAAAAAAAGAAGAGAAGAGAAAAAGCAGCAGAAAACAAUACAAUUUCCACACAAUCACUGCCUUCCAACACCCUACGCGGACACUUUCAGAAGCCCAAAGUUUCUUCUCCGAAAAGAAUGUCAGACACUAGGAAGAGAUUAUCGACAAUUGCUAGAAAUGAAGUAGAAAUAUCAAAGGGAGUUAAGGUGGUUGCAAACUUGGAGAGGAUUAAAACAACUAUGGAAGAGGAAACUGGGAGAGCUGUGAGCUUGAGUUGCUGGGCAGAAGCAGCCAAACUUACUGCGAAGGUACUGCAACAUAAUUUGCAUUAUGGUUGGUACUGCAGGGAUGAGCUACUAAGGAGUACACGCUCCUUAGUCCUCUACUUUGCAAGGAACUAUAGGGGUCUGGGAAUAGCCCAUGAAGAUUUAAUCCAGGCAGGAAGUAUAGGAGUCCUACAAGGUGCAGAAAGGUUUGACUACACAAGGGGAUACAAAUUUGCUACCUAUAUACAGUACUGGAUAAGGAAAUCAAUUUCGAGAAUGGUGGCACGGCAUGCUAGAGGGAUCCAAGUUCCUUGCACAUUAAGCAGGGCAAUAGGACAGAUACAAAAAGCUCGGAAAGCCCUUAGCCAAAGCCAUGGGAAAUACCCAGAAGAGGAUGAAAUAGCCAAGAUGACAGGUCUUUCUUUGUCAAAAAUCAGGUCGGCUGAUAAAUGCUUCAGAGUUGUUGGUUCAAUUGACCAGAAAAUCGGAGAUUGUAUCAAUGCAAAAUAUUUGGAAUUUAUCCCAGACAUGUCAAUACGGAACCCGGAAAAAACUGUGAUGAGGCAGCACAUGAAGGAAGAUCUUCAUGAUCUUUUGAAUGGUUUGGAAAAAAGAGAGAGGCAAGUGAUGGUUCUACGUUACGGGCUCAAGGGCUCUCCCCCAAAGUCACUCGAGGAGAUCGGAAGGCUUUUUCAUGUGAGCAAAGAGUGGAUAAGAAGGAUAGAGAUGAAAGCAAUGACAAAGUUGAAGGAUAAAGAAACCUGCAGAAAUUUAAGCCAUUAUUUGGAUUUAUAGCUUCACUUGCAGUCCAAGAUAACUCCGUUGUUGUCCAUUUUCGGAGUGUUUCGAGCCCGAUAAUACGACUUCCAUUCUCGAAGCUAUGACAGAUGAUUUUGCUGGGGGGAUGAAUCACUCUCUUGAAGAAGCUGGCAAAGGCAAAAAGAAAAUCGACGUUGUUGCUUCUUUUGGGCAGCUUGGUAAAUUACCUUGAAAGUGCAUUUUGUAUAUUUGAAAGGCUUAAUGUAAGAAUAA